CAUUUCACAGCUUGAGCAAGAGACCGAACAAAUCAAAGGAAAGGAUGGCAGCAGGCCUGCAAGUGUUUGGCCAACCGGCAUCUACUGAUGUUGCCAGGGUUCUGACAUGCCUCUUUGAGAAGAAUUUGGAAUUUGAGCUUGUUCGCAUCGAUACAUUUAAGACACAACACAAGCUUCCUGAGUUCAUUAGGCUGCGGGAUCCAAAUGGGCAAGUGACCUUCAAGCAUGGUAACAAAACUUUCGUUGAAUCAAGGGAUAUAUGCCGGUACCUCUGUAACCAGUUUCCAAAUGAUGGAAACAAGACCCUUUAUGGAGCUGGGGCUCUAGAACGGGCAUCAAUAGAACAAUGGCUUCAAGCAGAAGCUCAAAACUUUGGCCCUCCCAGUUCUGCACUUGUCUUUCAGCUGGCAUUUGUUCCACAUCUUAGUCAUCUGGGCAUUCGUCAAGACCAUGCUGUUAUUGCUGAAAAUGAGGAUAAACUUAAGCAGAUCCUCGAUGUCUAUGACGAAAUACUCUCAACGAGUGAAUACCUGGCUGGCGAUGAGUUCACCCUGGCUGACCUUUCUCACCUUCCAAACUCACAUUAUAUCGUGAAUACUGAGAAAGGAAGGAAGCUCUUCACUAACAAGAAGAAUGUGGCAAAGUGGUUUGACAAAAUCUCAAAGCGUAAGACAUGGGAGCAGGUAGUCAAGAUGCAGACUGAGCAUCCCGGUGCAUUCGAGUAAUGGCAUAAUUUGGUGAGCAACGAGUGCAUCUUGAAUGGCUUCAUGGCUUGUGUCGGUCUGGCUUCUACAGUGCAAUGUUCUUUAGUCAUCCGUUGUUGUCACAGCCCCCAAUACGUAUUGUCGUGUCAACCAAAAUAAUAUGAAGCCUUCUUGUGAUGUAUGCUCUAUCCUUUUGUUUUUAAAACACAUUCACCUCCAUGUAUUGUUUGGUGAAUAAUAUUGUCCAUUUGUCUUACAUUUUGGUGAAUGAUGAAAGGUGUAUUGUCUGUCUUCCCCAUGUGCCAUUUUGCCUUCAGACAGGAGCUUGAUCUUU